UAGAAAAGUCUUCAUUAUUAUGUUCGUGGGAGCAGCGCACCUUUCCACGUCAGGAAGCAGGAAGAGGCUCCGCGGCUGCUCUGCUGCUCCUCCUUCUGCACUCGUGUCCGCGUGAAAGUGACUGUCCAGCCGCUUGUGUCCCAUCCUGUCAGCCGGUGUGUGUGUGAGUGUGUGUGUCCCUCUCCAUGACAGCCGUGUGACACCGGGGCCCAGGCGCUGUGGGAUGAGUUUUACCUGGAAACGAACCGCGAAGAGGAAUGACAGCAAAAAAGGUGUAAUUCAAGCAGAAGACCCAUCUGAUGACAUGGACUCCCCUAGCGGGUUGUCGUUCAUAAACGUCCCAGAACUGGAUCCCGUCAUCACAGAUUUCAAGUUACAGCUGCCAGACAACAGCGAUGCUUCGGGGUCAGCUGAUCCACCAAACGGGUGCUCGCGGUCCGACCUGUCCCUGUCUCUGGAGGACUGCAUGGCUGCCUUGGAUCUGUUCCUCAGAAACGACUUUGAGGAGGCGCAGGCUCGCCUCCAGAUCAAGGCCAAAGACAGCAUGUACCACGCUCUGACCUACGCCACUAUUUUAGAAAUGAAGGCCAUGAUGACCUUUGACCCCCAGCACAUUCUGGCGGCAGGGAGCACCAUGAAGGAGGCGCAGGCUCUCUGUCAGCGGUACAGGAAGAAGUCGAGCUUCUCCAAAACCUUCACAGAAGAGGAACUGCAUGCAGAAGUCUGCUACGCCGAGUGUCUCCUGCAGAGGGCAGCACUCACCUUUCUUCAGGAUGAAAACAUGAUCAGUUUCAUCAAAGGGGGCAUCAAAGUGAGAAACAGCUACCAGACGUACAAAGAGCUUCAUGGUGUCCUCCAGUCUUCCGGGUACACACAUGGCGACAAUCAUGGUCAUUUUGAGGGCGGUGUUAAACUGGGAGUUGGCGCUUUUAAUUUAAUGAUCUCUAUGCUGCCCACACGGACGCUCAAACUGCUGGAGUUUGUUGGCUUCUCUGGUAACAAGGACUUUGGUCUUCAGCAGCUUCAGGAAGGCUCUGCAGAAAGCACCUUCAGGUCGUUCCUGUGUAACAUGCUGCUGCUCUGCUACCACACGUUCAUGAGUUUCAUAUUAGGAACUGGAGAAGGAGACGUUGAGGAUGCAGAAAAACUUCUGCAGCCUUAUCUUAAAAAAUACCCUAAGGGAUCUAUAUUUUUGUUCUUUGCUGGACGAAUCGAGGAAAUCAAAGGCAACCUGGAUGCUGCUAUCAAACUUUUUGAGGAGUGCUGUGAGGCCCAGCAGCAGUGGAGCCAGUUCCAUCACAUGUGCUACUGGGAGCUGAUGUGGUGCUUCACGUACCAGAGGCGCUGGAAGAUGGCCUAUUUCUAUGCAGAUCUGCUAAGCAAGGAGAACUCGUGGUCUAAGGCUACUUACGCAUACAUGAAAGCAGCCUAUCUCAGCAUGCUGACUGAGGAUGAUUGUCUAACGUUUGGGGAGACGGCGCAGACUCUGUUCAGGCAGGUCCCUGGGCUGAAGCAGAAAAUAGCGGGGAAAUCUUUACCAACUGAGAAGUUUGCAAUUAGAAAAGCACGCCGCUACUUUGCAGAGAAACCAGUUCCUCUUUCUGCUCCUCCACUGGAGAUGAUGUACAUCUGGAACGGUUACACGGUAAUCGGCAAACACAAAGAUCUAACCGAGAGCAUGCUGAAAACCCUAGAUGAAGCCCAGGCCACACUUGAAAGCAACCCAAGGACGGAGUACACCGUCGAUGAUCAGUGUCUGUUGAGCCUUUUGAAGGGGCUCUGUCUGAAACACCUGGGACACAAAGAAGAAGCUGAACACUACUUUACCCUCAUCCUCUGCAAUGAGACUCAGAUCAAAUAUGACCACUAUCUGGUUCCUAAUGCCCUGCUUGAACACGGUCUGCUGUGUCUGGAACAAGGCAGAAAAAAUGAUGCUAUUAAACUACUAGAAACAGCAAAGCAAAAUUAUAAAAACUACUCCAUGGAGUCGCGGACACACUUCCGUAUACAAGCUGCUUUGCACAAGGCCAAGGGAAGCGAAGAGAACGGCAUCAACGUGCCUUCUAGCCCAUAAUGGGCCAGUAACAGCUUCCUGGUCCUGCAGUCCCACAACACAACACUCAGCCAGGCCAGCUCCACCUGUUGGGGCUGAAGAUUUUUUUUUUCCUUUUAUCAAGACUUUAAAUGAAAAUGGAGGCAUGUUUUCCCAUCAUGUGUGCCAUUGUUAUGGACAGCUGCAGCUCUGUGUGGUCAAAUUGCUAAGCUUUCUGGUGGAAAAAUAUUGCAUUUAACUUCACUUCUCCACAUGAUUUAAAAGAAGAAAUGAGUUGAUGAAUGUCUCGUGUUUAUGAGGCAAAUGCUUCCAGCAGACUUUGUGUCUUUCAGUGUGGUUAUUCACAAUGAGGGCAUUAGAAUAGAGAACCAGGUUCAAUUUACUAAAUUUAGUAUAUACUAAAUACUAAAUCAUCAAAGAGCUGAAAAAAAUAAAAAAUAAAAAAAGACAGAGGCUAACCCCACUAGGCCAACAGCACUGCGUAAACUACUGUCAACAAGGCUCCGCCCCGUUUUGUUUGAUGUAAACUAGAGGGUUUAAAUAAGGUGACAUGCAGUUUUCUGUUGUCACGGGUAUAUCUCAGAUCAUGCAGCUCACAGCUGAGUCCAGGACUGAGAUCAUUGUUUUGUCAUGUCACCCACCAUAACCAACUUAAUGGAUCUUAAAUCUGAAUGUGGAAUCUGUUUACGCUACAUGAUAGGUGUCCAUCUGAAUCAGUGAGCGUUUCAUUGCGUGUGCCAUUUCAUUUUUCAUUUGAGACAUACUAAGACAGUGAAAGCUUCAAAUUUAACGACGCUGGCAACUCAGACCAACCCGUUUUUAAAGCACCCUGCAUUGCUCUUGACGUUUAUAUACUGUAAACGACCCCUUUUACAUGAAUUGUCCUGUUUUAAGAGGACAGAUGAAUGUGUCUUUUAGAAAGGCAGACUCCCUUCUUUUCUCCUCCUGGCCUGUGUGGGACGGGCUCCAGCAGUACUUGAGCUUGGAAAAAAAACAGGCCAUUCACAGCGAGCGGCAAAGGAACUGUGUGCUUGUCCUCCUGCUGCAUCUUUAUUAGGUAAAGAAACUGUCAACCACAGCAACUACUGAGGCUACAUCGUUUUUUCAAAAUUAACCAACCGUAAACAUCCUCUGCUGCUUCGUAAUUAGCCACCUAUUCCUCGAACUACCAACAGAAGAACUUGAAAACUAUAACCACAUCCUGUGUUCAAUAUUUAUCUGUGUAUGAACAAAUAUGGCUUCUUAUAUGACUGGUGAGUGGGUUAUAGAAAAAGCUAAGCACCUGAUUUUUCCAACGUGAACUCAUUUGAUGUCUGAAGAAUGUUGAAGUAGGAGUCCUGUUGAUUUAUUUAUAUCUGAUAAACAUUUGGGAUAUAAUUUGAUUACUUGGAGUCAGUUUCUAAAAUUUCUUGGUGAAGGAAGUGUAUUAGAAUUGUUCUAACUGCAGUCACUCUGGAGUAUUUUAAUAUAAUUUCACUUUUUAUGUUCUAAUAAUUGACUAAACGUGUUUCUUUUUUGCCCUCUGGUUUCACACAUGCUGUCUACCUGGAAGAAAGUCAAACCAAACAUGUUUUGUGUUUACACAAUGUAUUUUACAUUGAGCAUGGUUACCUACUAAGCAAAAAAAAAGUUUCCUUUACAUGUUUUUUGUUGUAAUUUAUGAUGAAAUUAUGAUGGGCACACAAAAAAUGCUAUUUUGUGAUGUCUUUUUUUUUCUAUUUUAAGUGGUGCACCAGUUUUCUCAUGUAAAAUGUAUAUGCCCACUGAAGGGGUUUUAUUAGUAGAACAAAUUUUUUCUUUUAACACUAAUUUUCAUUGACAAAGUAGGUAUUUUUGUUUUGUUAGAUGCAGGGCAGUAGAUGCCUGAGUAACAUACUAAAAUUAGCAUUGUUUACUCAAUAAAAAUGCAAAUAUA